AUGGCGGGGAACGACUGCGGCGCGCUGCUGGACGAAGAGCUCUCCUCUUUCUUCCUCAACUAUCUCGCCGACACGCAGGGUGUGGAGUCCGGGGAAGAGCAACUGUGUGCUGACUUUCCGGAGCUUGACCUCUCCCAGCUGGAUGUCAGUGACUUCGACUCGGCCACCUGCUUUGGGGAGCUGCAAUGGUGCCCCGAGAGCUCUGACACCGAGCCCAGCCAGUACAGCCCCGACGACUCGGAGCUCUUCCAGAUCAUCGACAGUGAGAAUGAGGCCCUCCUGGCAGCGCUCACCAAGACCCUGGAUGACAUCCCCGAAGAUGACGUGGGUCUGGCUGCCUUCCCGGCCCUGGACUAUGGAGACGCACCAUCCUGCGCUUCAGUGUCGCCUGCCCCCUCAUCUGCGCCUUCCAGUCCCUCCCUGGAGAGCUCCCCGGUCCCGGCCCCUGAGGUGGACGAGCUCUCACUGCUGCAGAAGCUCCUGCUUGCCACAUCCUACCCAGCGUCAAGCUCCGACACUCAGAAGGAAGGGACCACCUGGCGCCGGGCAGGCCUCAGGUCGAAAAGUCAGCGGCCUUGUGUCAAGAUGGACAGCACCCAAGAGAAGAAGGGCCCCACGACGCAGUCUCAGAGCCGGAGCUGCACAGAACUGCAUAAGCACCUCACCUCGGUGCCAUCCUGUCUCCAGGCUAAAGCCCACUCCCCUGAUCGGGGCCUGCAGCCACCAGCCCCCCUGAGUCCCCGGCUCCCUGCCAAAGAGGAUGAGGAGCCUGGGAAGGACUGCCCGAGCCCCCAGCCAGCUCCAGCCUCUCCCUGGGACUCCCAGGUGCCAGGCAGGGCAGGCCCUGGCGCCCAGGUCUCCCCUGAGGACAUGCAGGCAGUGGUGCAGCUUAUUCGUUACAUGCACACCUACUGCCUCCCCCAGAGGAAGCUGCCCCCACAGGCCCUGGAGCCCGCCCCUCAGCCCUGCAGCAACCCCUCCAAGCAGGUCAGACCCUGGGCCCGGCCCCAGCAUCCUUCCAAAGCCGCCUGGGCUGAGUUUUCCAUCCUGAGGGAACUCCUGGCUCAAGAUGUCCCCUGUGAUGUCAGCAAACCCUACCGCCUGGCCACGCCCGUCUAUGCCUCGCUCAGGCCCCAGCACAGGCCCCGAGAAGGCCAGGUGUCCCCCGGCCGCCCGCGCCCUGUGGAGGAGGUGAGGGUCGCGGCUUCACCCCGGGGCGCCGGGCCCAGCCCCAGCCUGCGCCCGCUGAGGCUGGAAGUGAAAGGCCGUGUCCAGCAGGAGGAGGAAGAGGAGGAAGAGGAGGAAGAAGAAGAGGAGGAGGAAGAGGAGGAGUGGGGCUGGAGAAGGCCAGGCCGAGGCUUGCCGUGGACCAAGCUGGGGCGGAAGCUGGAGAGCUCGGUGUGCCCCGUGCGGCGCUCCCGGAGACUGAACCCUGAGCUGGGCCCCUGGCUGACAUUCACCGACGAGCCGCUGGGCCCCUUGGAGCCCCCGGAGCCCCAAGGACCUUCGCCCUCACUGUGCCCGGCUCCCGAGGCCUCUGACACAGAGGGGGAGCUGGGCAGCCCCACCAACGAGGACAGUGGCCGAGACCAGCAGCAACUCCGGGGACCCCAGAUCCCAGCUCUGGAGAGCCCCUGUGAGAGUGGGUGUGGGGACACAGAUGAGGACCCCAGCUGCCCACGGCUCCCUUCCAGAGACUCUCCCAGGUGCCUCAUGCUGACCUUGUCACAAAGUGACCCUCCCUUUGGCAAGAAGAGCUUUGAGCAGACCUUGACGGUGGAACUCUGUGGCACGGCAGGACUCACCCCACCCACCACGCCUCCGUACAAACCCACAGAGGAGGACCCCUUCAAGCCGGACAUCAAGCACAGCCCAGGCAAAGACAUAGCUCCCAGCCUCCCCACCCUGGAGGGCCUCCAGCUCAGGGCUGCCACAGGGGCGGCCCACAAGCUGCCAAAGAAGCACCCGGAGCGGAGUGAGCUCCUGUCUCACCUGCGGCAUGCCACAGCCCAGCCCGCCUCCCAGGCUGGCCAGAAGCGCCCCUUCUCCUGUUCCUUUGGAGACCAUGACUACUGCCAGGUGCUCAAGCCAGAGGGUGCCCUGCAGAGGAAGGUGCUGAGGUCCUGGGAGCCAUCUGGGGUCCACCUUGAGGACUGGCCCCAGCAAGGUGCCCCGCAGGCUGAGGCGCAGCCCUCUGGCAAGGAGGAACACAGAAGCUGUGACGCAGGUGCACCCCCCAAGGACAGUCUGCUGCUGAGAGACCACGAGAUUCGCGCCAGCCUCACGAAGCACUUUGGGCUCCUGGAGACCGCCCUGGAAGACGAAGACCUGGCCUCCUGCAAGAGCCCUGAGUAUGACACUGUUUUUGAGGACAGCAGCAGCAGCAGUGGCGAGAGCAGCUUCCUCCUGGAGGAGGAGGAGGAGGACAAUGACGAGGACUCGGGGGUCAGCCCCCCUCGCUCUGACCACUGCCCCUACCAGAGCCCCCCAAGCAAGGCCAGUUGGCAACUCUGUUCCCGCAGCCGCUCCAGCUCUGGCUCCUCAUCCUGCCGCUCCCGGUCACCAACCAUCCGCAGGACCUUCAGAUGUGAGAGCAGAGGGCCGUGUUCAGACGGAAUGCCAAGCGUCCGGCAUGCCAGGAAGCGGCGGGAAAAGGCUAUUGGCGAAGGCCGAGUGGUGUAUGUUCGAAAUCUCUCCAGCGACAUGAGCUCCCGCGAGCUGAAGAGGCGCUUCGAAGUGUUUGGCGAGAUUGUGGAGUGCCAGGUGCUGAGGAGAAGCAAGAGAGGCGAGAAGCACGGCUUCAUCACCUACCGGUGCUCCGAGCACGCCGCGCUCUCCCUGAGGAACGGCCCUGCCCUGCGGAAGCACAACGAGCCCUCGCUCCAGCUGAGCUACGGGGGCCUCCGGCACUUCUGCUGGCCCCGGUACACCGACUACGAUUCCAAUUCCGAAGAGGCCCUUCCUGCGUCCGUGAAAAACAAGUACGAAGCCAUGGAUUUUGACAGCUUACUGAAGGAGGCCCAGCAGAGCCUGCACUGAUCACAGCCUUAACCUCCGAGGAAUACCUCAAUACCUCAGACAAGGCCCUUUCAAUAUGUUUACGUUUUCAAAGAAAAUAAGUCUAUGAGAAGGAGAGCGAGCGAGCGCGUGAGAGGACAUGAGAGAGAGA